AUGUCAGCGACAGGACAACAGCCAGAUCAGCAACCAGAGCAUCGAUCCAAUGGAUCUUCCUCCACUGCACAUAUUAUCCUUGGGCUGCUCACUCCCCCACCGACUCCCCCUCCCUUAACUUCCGGUCCUCCCCCUCCCCCGUCUCAGCCUCCUGAUACAACUCCUGACAACGGAAUUUGCAACUGUAUUGAAAUGUUGGUUGAGACCGAAGAGGUUGAGGAACAAGAACAGGACACAGCCAAGACCAUUUCCCCUCCCCUUGAGGCAACACCCGGCUUCAGCUCUACUGUUAAGACUACUUUGCUGAGCUUGAGAGCCCGUUGGGGCGACCUGCAGGCUAUUGUUCACAACCAAGCGAGUAGAGCAUGCCAACCUUCUUCUGGAUAA